GUACUUUCAGCUUGAUUAGAUUGCUUUACAAUGKGGGACUUUUUAAAGGCAAAAUWCUUUGGAYGUGGACCCAGGUCUCGGAAUAAUGAAACUAGAGGAACCGWGACAGAUCGUGCAGACUCGAUCGCUGGUGGCGUUCAAGGAAGUACCGUCGAGUCUGCGAGCGAAAAUCAAGUUGAUGCAACAGAUGUUCGUCGUGAUCGCAGCAGUGAUGACCUUGAUGGAAUUCCUUUUGGUGUUGAGCAACAACCGAUGUUUUUGAGCGAUUUUUUCGAAAAAGACGCAGAGAAUAUUAGAGCCCUAUCUCGCUACCUUGACAGAAGGUCGUUGGUGAUAAAGAACUACGAAGACCUAGCAAACCUCUUGAAUGCCCCCCCGUUAAUCAUAGCGAAGUGCAAAAGCAACACCAUUGAACACAGUCCAACAUUAGAACUCAUGCAGUUGGAAGAGGUUUCGACUCUUUCAGUUAAUGCGCUGGUGGAAAAAUUUAAGGCGAUCUCAAGAAAUGAUGUGGUCAAUAAAAUAAAAGAUAACAUACCUGAAAAUGAAAGGGAAAGCCUCAGCGUAAAAGAUGCACUAAUUCACUACGAAGAACUGUUUAAACAAGUUGCAGCURAGCUUGAUACAGCUACAAUGAAGAACUGGAAAUGUCUUGGCCGUGAACUUGGAUUUCCAACAGACAAAGUUGAACAGAUUGGAUUAGGGUGCAAUCCAACAGAACGUCUUUUGGUGGACUACGUGUAUAAAGCAAUGAAACCAGCGGAAUUGACAGUAGCAUCUUUCCGAGAUCGCAUAAGAAAUAUAGAAAGAACCAUAAUAUUGAAUCUUCUCCAAGAAUUUGGAAUUACUGAACAAGACGAUUCUCGAUCCAUUAAAGAUGUCAUCCCUCCUGAUAGUGAAAUAAUGCGGAGAUUGUGUUUGGAAUUAAACAAGGAAGUUAGUGGUUUGAACAACUGGAAGCAUUUGGCCUUAUCUUGGGGUAUAGAACACGAAAUCUAUUCUCAGUUUGAACCAAAGCAGAAGACAAGCCCUACUGAGAUAUUACUCAAAGAAUGGUUAAUUAGCGAACGUCCUACAUUUAGUGUUAAUGCACUUUGCMGUCUUUUGGGUCAAAUUGAGAGAAACGAUGCAAAAGCGUUUUUAGAAAGAAAACUAUAAGAAUAUAGCUAAGUGUAUAUGUAGAAGUAUUUCAGUUGAGGCACAGGUAGCCCAAGCUUGGUUUCUGUGGUGUCAUGUUAUAAGGAAAUGUAUGGGGAUUCUUCAAAGAUUUCAAUAAAAUCAU